AUGAAUGAUGCAAAGAAAGCGGCCUUCGGCCAGGCGUUCGCCGAAGUAGUAGUCGAGAGCUCUCUGCGGGUCGUCGGCAAAGGUAACGGCCGCCUGGGGCGCCAGGGCAAGAAGCUGGAGCUUCCUUCCGCCGCCGCCGAGAGCUCUACCUCCACAUCCACCUCGACCACGGAGAAAGCGUAGCGUAGCGGCCGUUGAAGGAACCAUGGCUGCCCGCACCGGACCAGGUCGCGAGAUGGGCAGCGGAUCUCAAAGGAACCCACAUCGAAGGUCAACAUCUCCACGCCACACAACUUUUUAAUGCUGAUUUUUUAAAAUUAAUAACUACUUUGUAAAUAAAUUAAUAACUUGUAAUAUAUAAUAUACGGCCUAAAACUUACUUUAGUGAAAUUAUUUUCUCUAUAUUUACACAAGAUGUUGCACUGACAAUAAGAAAUACUAGACCCUGCAGCCCAAAAAUUCUGCUGAACCAAAUCAUACAAUAUAGUUUUACACACAGUAACCCAUGCACUACAGAAGAACAACAAAUAUAAUACCUCUUAUAAUACUGUAAUAGAUUAAAUAUUUCAACAGAAGCAGUUUUCACGAAUACUAAAUAACAUGUUAUAGU